GUUAAGAUGUCUGAUUCCGCAGUUGCAACGUCCGCAUCUCCUGUGAUUGCCCAAGCAGCCUCAGGCGAGAAAAAGGUGGCUACUAAAAAGGCAGCAGCCGCCACACCAAAGUCAAAGAAGUCAGCAGCUCCUCCAUCGCACCCACCAACUCAGCAAAUGGUAGAUGCAUCGAUUAAAAACUUAAAGGAACGUGGUGGCUCAUCCCUUCUGGCAAUUAAAAAAUAUAUCGGUGCUACAUACAAGUGCGAUGCCCAGAAGCUAGCCCCGUUCAUUAAGAAGUACCUAAAGAAUGCGGUUGCGAAUGGAAAGCUGAUCCAAACAAAGGGCAAGGGUGCCUCUGGUUCGUUCAAACUAUCUGCAUCCGCUAAAAAGGAUCCCAAGCCAAAGGCCUCCGCUGUCGAGAAGAAAACUAAGAAGGUGAAUGCUUCGGCGGCAGCAGCAACUAAAAAGAAGAGUAGUACGUCUACCACGAAGAAAGCCCCUGGUGCCGCUGAUAAAAAGCCAUCAAAAUCCGCAGCAACCAAAAAGAGUGUUGAGAAAAAGAAGGCGGACAAAGCAAAGGCUAAGGAUGCGAAGAAAACGGGAACCAUAAAGGCCAAGCCCACAACAGCAAAGGCUAAGUCAAGCGCAACAAAGCCAAAGACCCCAAAACCUAAGACCACAAGUGCUAAACCGAAAAAAGUCGUGUCGGCUACGACCCCGAAGAAAACUGCUGUCAAGAAGCCAAAAGCGAAGACUGCAUCUGCAACGAAGAAAUAAUUUGAAAUUGCCAACUGCUCCUCAGCAUAUGCAAAUUUCGAAUAAUGAAAUUUGUAUUUCAACAAAGCCCUUUUAAGGGCUACCAAUACGAUUUUCUAAGAGAACAAAUUUUUCUUUUUGCAUCAGCAAAUAUAAAAAUGAAAUGUCUAGGCUGCCUUAAGUUAAGUUAGAUUGUUAGUUAGUUAGAUCAAUUGCAAAUAUAAGUUACAUACUUCUUUCCUCAUUCAUUCCACCGCAAAAUAAAACAUUUUUAGACAAAAAGUACUAAACUGAUCAAAUUAGGUUCACUUGCCAAUAAGAAAUUUAUUCAAACACUCCUCUAAAGAUCGC